AUGGGACAGUUACCUUCAAGUCGAGUGACACCAUGUAAACCUUUCCUCCGUACAGGUGUAGAUUAUGCAGGUCCUAUUGACUUGAGAAUGUCUAAAGGCCGAGGCAACAAGUGUUAUAAAGGAUACAUUUGUCUAUUUAUAUGUAUGGUGACACGAGCAGUGCAUAUCGAGGCUGUCUCUGACUUUACUACUCAAGGAUUUCUCGCCGCCUUUAAGCGAUUUGUUGCUCGCCGUGGCCACUGUAGUGAUAUUUAUAGCGAUAAUGGGACAAACUUUAUUGGAGCAUCAAAGGAAUUAAAGCAAUUAUUUUCUAGAGAGAAACAUUCGAUGCUUAAUGAGAUUGCUUCUGUAUUAGCAAAUAAUAGUACAACUUGGCAUUUCAUUCCUCCCCGAGCCCCUAAUUUUGGCGGGUUAUGGGAAGCUGCGAUCAAAAGUGCAAAACAUCACUUACGUCGUAUUAUAAAUAAUUCAACUCUCACAUUUGAAGAGAUGUCAACUGUACUCUCACAAAUCGAAGCUUGUUUAAACUCAAGACCUCUUUCUCAAGCUAGUGGCGAUCCCGAUGAUCCAGCACCAUUAACUCCCGGCCAUUUUUUAAUAGGACAAUCGCUUGUUGUUGCUCCAGAUAGCAAUUACGAAAUUCAAAAUAUGAGUAGCUUACGUCGAUGA